AUGAACGCGCUCUGGGCUUACGUGCUAUCCCUCUCCCUCUUCUCGCGUGUCGGGCUCGCGCAGGGGAUAAGCUCCAUCCCGGCGUCAACCCUCACCGAGAUAACGGACUUCGGUGCCAACCCGAACAAUGUCGGAAUGUUCGUUUACCGACCGGAGACCGUCGAAAGCAACCCCGCUCUAAUUGUGGCCAGCCAUUACUGCACGGGUACCGCGCAGCUGUACUUCAACCAGACCUUAUUCGCGCAACUCGCUGAGACAUACGGAUAUGUGGUUCUGUUCCCAUCUUCCCCUCAUUCCGGCACUUGCUUCGACGUAUCUUCAACCGAGACGCUCACGCACGAUGGAGGCAGCGACUCUCUGGGCAUUGUCUCUGCCGUUCGCUAUGCGAUCGCGAACUGGGGUGUGGAUGCCUCCCGCGUCUUCGCAGCAGGCACAUCGUCGGGAGCUAUGAUGACUUCGGUUCUCGCGGGAGCUUACCCAGAUGUCUUCGCCGCAGGCGUUGUUGACUCGGGCGUUGCCUACGGCUGCUUUGCGCUCCCGGACCAACCUGAAGAUAGCUGGAACUCGCAAUGCUCUACGGGCGAACUCAUUAAGACUGGCAUAGAAUGGGCCCAGCAGGUCAAGGCAGGCUUCCCAGAAUAUACAGGAGAGUACCCGAAGAUGCAGGUAUGGCAUGGCACUGCCGAUACCGCUCUCUACCCGCAGAACUUCUACGAGGAGAUCAAGCAAUGGACCACGAUAUUCAACUACUCCUCUACGCCCAUUUCGAACGUCAGCGAGUCGUACUUGCCCGAUGGCUACUCUAACGCGACAUAUGGCCCACGUUUCCAAGCCAUCCUCGCGCAGGGUGUUGGACAUACCGUUCCGGUCUUUGAGCAGCAGUACCUCGAGUUCUUCGGUCUUGCGUAG